UAUUAUAUAAAAAUUACUAAUUAUGGUCUGCAGUUGGAACGUUUAGUAGCACAAUAAAAAUUUUGAACAGUUUCUAAUCACACAAUUGGUCAAUUUUUAGCAUGUAUCUCAAAGUGGUCUAAUUUUGGACGAUUUCAACUAAAAAAUUUUUUUUUUUAAGUACAGGAUAGUUGAAAAAUGCGUAACUCUGACUGGAUGACGAAAUUGCCACCACAUCUACGAGCGAUGUCUAUUAUUUAUUUGGGAAUUCCAGGAUCACACAAUUCAAUGACUUAUGGCAUAUCAAAUCAAUCUGAGAUAGCUGGUGAUGCCACUAAAGCAAUGCGUUAUUUAUAUCGGGUACUUCCAUGGUUUCUACGUCGUUGGGCGAAAACACAGACAGCAACAGUCGUUGAGCAACUACGGUUAGGUAUUCGUUAUUUCGAUUUGCGUGUUUGCUUAAAGUAUGACGACUUUUACUAUACACAUGCAGUUAUUUCAAUGGAUGUAACUACACCUCUCCAUUAUAUACGAGAGUUUCUCAGUAAACGGUCAGGAGAAAUUGUUAUACUCGACUUUCAACAUUUCUAUGACAUGAAUAUUUCUGACCACAUGAGACUGCAAAGAAUGCUGAUACAAAUUUUUGGAGAUAUGCUGUAUAAGCCCUCAGACGGACCACUUCUUAAAUGUACACUGAAUUAUUGUACAAAGUAUCGUAAACAAGUGAUUAUUGUUUACAGAUAUAAUUCGAAUGCAUUAAGUAAAGAUUUUUGGCCGAGCAAAAGCGUUUAUACGCCGUGGCCAAAUGUGUGUUCUAUAGAACUUCUCAAGGAGUUUCUUCAGCACAGCUUAAUGUCACGUCCGCCAACAGAUGGCUACGUAACACAAGUUGUAUUAACACCAGAUGCAAAAUAUAUUGUAUUACGAAUGUGUUCAGGAUUAAAGAGCACAGCAAAGAGAGUUGAUAGGAAAAUGAUUCCUUGGAUUAGUGAACAGAUCCCCGGACCUUAUACAUGUCGUAAUCCAAAAGUCAAUAUAUUAAUUGGAGACUUCAUUGAAAUAAAUUGUGCAGCUUUCUGCAAUACAAUCAUACAAUUAAAUGAAAAAAUACCAGUUGAUUUUGCGACGCAAGUUGAAUGUCCAGAAACACGCAUUAACAGAUUUGACCAUUUGGACGAUUCAAUUUUUCAGGAUGACUUUUAAAGAAUGUUAAACCUAGCUCAGUGUGUAAAAUCAAUAUAAUGGAGAGUUAAUAAACCGUUAAAGUGAAUAGAUGGAGAGAAUGCAUGAUGAUACACUUUUCAGCACUAAAGUUACACUAACUGCUAAUAUCUCCUCAUAUUACAAUAUUAUUCUUAUUAAAUCAUUUUGUCUUUCGCAUAAAGCUCAAGAGCUUUAACAAGUCUACCUUCGGUAUCUCUGCCAAGGCAGUAAAGAAAUGAUCUCCAAAAUAUUGAUGUUGCUGUUUCAGAAGUCUGUAAGGACGGACAUUUUCACACCAAACUUCCGCCUACAUUAAAAUUCAUCGAAGUUCAUUUAUA